GCUGGAGAGAGAGAGAGAGAGAGAGAGAGAGAGAGAGUCCGAGGUAACACAUGAUGACAGCCCAACACCCACUGGGAUUGCAGGGCCACUCGAUGGCUAUGGUGCCUAAAUCCCUACUGGAACUCAUCCACAGCUUCGAACAUUCCUCUCCCUUGUAGAUUACUACUCUGCUGAAAGAACACAGUGCAUGCGAAGCAUUGCAACCAUGGUUACAAUGUAUUGGAAGAAAUAAUGGGACAAAGCAGAGUCAGAAAAGGGCGAAUUUAGACACAUUCUGCCCAUAUAUGUCGAAGUUUUAGCUGCAGAGGUAGCAGCUUCUGAACACACUCGUUUCUCUCUCUCUCUCUCGACCCUUUCCGCCCAUGGUUCCACAGUUCUACCCAUCUAAGCACAUUUGCCCAUUAGAAACAGAUCUCUAGCAGCCAAAGCAACAGUCUCUCUCUCGCUCUCUCUGACAAGUUUCUGUCUUUUGAUGUUUCUUCUCCGCUAUUUUUUCUCUCUUGCAUCCCAAAGAGAAGGAAGGGUAGAUAAGACCAACUGCAGACGGGGUUUGGGGAUGCAGAAGAGCAGAUUCUGAAAGGUGGCGAGGCCGGCCUAACAUUUGUUUUCUUGUUCUUUUCAUGUUCUACAAUCUAUAUUUCCUUUGUUUCUCUCUGUGAAGCAUUACUCUACUGGAUUUUGGGCGAGCAAAGGCCUCUAUAGUCUUAGAGAAGUGGGGGAAGAGAGAGAGAGAGAGAGAGAGAGAGAGAGAGAGAGAGAGGUGGAAGGCAGUCUACAUAAGUGAGAAAGAAAGAUCAUUUCUCUUCGCUUUAUUCCUGUCCUCCAUUACUCUCUUUUCCUUCCGUUUAGCGCCGAAAUUGAUGUUUCUUUGUCCAAGAUUUGAUCUUUCUCGCUCCAUUGCGUUUGGCCUGUAGCCGGAGGUUUCAGAUCGAAGCCCCAUCUGAGAAAGGAGAGGUUUUUCCUCUCCUUGGGCUUUGGUUUGAAGUGGCCGGUUAGGUUCCUGCUCACUUCUUUGUUGUUUGCUGCACGUAACCCUGGAGUAAUGUACCUCAAUAGAGGGAGAUUGCAGGCUUUGUCGCUUUUUUGCGGCUUCUUAGUUUGCUGAUCCAUCACUGUGGGAAAAAUCUUUCGAAUCGUUGCGUCGGAUAUCGGAAGUGGGAUUGUUUCGUCCUUGGUCUUCUUCUUUUCUCAAGUAGUGCUCAGUGAAAGCGCCGGCUUUUGCCGCUCUUCUCGAUUGGGUUCCCAGUAAGGCCGAGACUCCUGAAGACUUGUAGGUGGUGGAGGGGAACCGUCGAUCGGUGGCUGCAUGAAGGAGUGUUGAAACGAUGAGAGAUGAGAACUCGAAGAAAAGCAAGUUUUCAUGGUCCAAAUCCCUGGUUAGAAAAUGGUUCAACAUCAAGAACAAAUCUCAGGACUUCCAUGCGGAUGAUGAUGUUUUUGUUGGAAGAGGAGACGAUAGGGAAUGGAGGAUGGGUUCUGCAGAGAGUGAGGCAUGCAUGGUGAAAAAGAGCAGAACAGAGCAAAUGAACAAGAAGAAUAUGGAUCGAGCCCGACGAAGAAGAUCUGAUGUUGAUUUGGCUCAAGCUACUGACGUUCAUGACUAUAGAAUUUUUGUGUCGACAUGGAAUGUUGGUGGAAAAUCUCCACCAAAAAAUUUGAAUCUUGAGGAAUGGCUUCAUGCCUCACCUCCUGCAGACAUAUAUGUUUUGGGAUUUCAGGAGAUUGUUCCUCUCAAUGCCGGAAAUGUUCUUGGUGCAGAAGACAAUGGUCCAGCAAAGAAAUGGUUGACACUCAUUAGAAGGACACUGAACACCCUUCCUGGAACACAUGGAUGUGGCAGCUAUAGCACACCGUCCCCAGUUCCUGAUCCACUUGUGGAGCUAGAUGCUGAUUUUGAGGGUUCCUCAGUGAGGCAACACAAUUCAUCAUACUUCCACCGACAUUCAUUCCAUUCCAUGAGUCGUAGUUUACGAAUUAAUGGUGAUAUCAUGGAACUGCAUCCAAGGCUGGAUCGCCGUUUCAGUGUUUGUGACCGAGUAAGCACUGGGAGCAGGCCAAGUGAUUUUGAUUCAAAUUUUAGAUGUGGAGAUUCAUCUGAUGAUGAGAAAGUUGGGGAACAAUCUCCUUCUGCUGGAAUUUUCUCACCGUCGUCAUAUGCUUAUGGUGCUCCGCAAUAUAUGGGAGAAAGAAAUAGAUCAUCAUCCCACACUGGUUCUAGGUAUUGCUUGGUUGCCAGUAAGCAGAUGGUUGGCAUAUUUCUAACAAUUUGGGUGCGAAGUGAAAUUAGGGGUGAUGUACAGAACUUGAAGGUUUCUUGUGUUGGAAGGGGACUGAUGGGUUGUCUUGGAAAUAAGGUAGGUUCAAUAUCAAUUAGCAUGACUUUGCACCAAACAAGCUUCUGCUUCAUCUGUAGUCAUUUGACCUCAGGACAGAAAGAGGGGGAUGAAGCACGGAGGAACUUAGAUGUGAUGGAGAUUUUAAAAAAGACGAGGUUUCCUCGGGUGCAAAAGGCAUGUGAUGAGAAGACUCGUGAAACAAUUCUCGAUCAUGAUCGUAUCAUAUGGCUUGGUGAUUUAAAUUACCGCAUCGCUCUUUCAUAUCAGUCCGCAAAGGCUUUAGUUGAGAUGCACAACUGGAGAGCUUUGUUGGAAAAAGAUCAGCUUCGAAUGGAGCAAAGAUGUGGCCGUGUUUUUGAGGGAUGGAAAGAAGGAAGGAUAUGUUUUCCUCCCACCUAUAAAUACUCGAACAACUCUGAUCGAUACACAGGGGAUGACAUGCACAGAAAAGAGAAACGGCGGACACCUGCAUGGUGUGACCGGAUUUUAUGGUAUGGUAGAGGUCUUACUCAGUUGUCUUAUGUACGUGGGGAGUCUAGAUUCUCCGACCACAGACCUGUAUAUGGUACUUUUACUGCAAAGGUUGAAAUAAUCAAUCACAACCGGAUUAAGAAAAACAUGGGUUCUAGCUCUCGGAUAGAGGUGGAGGAACUCUUGCCCUACUCGCAUGGUUACACAGAACUCAGUUUCUACUGAUGUGGCUGAAGAUUUCCGGAUGGAAUUAAGGUUGUUUUGCAUCUAUUGAUCCCAAAAAUGAACCUAACAUUUUUUGUGGACUCGGCAUCCAUCAAUGAAAGCAGCAGCAACUAGGGAAUGGCCACUUUUCAGAAAUUAACUCUAAGGGAAAACCGAGUUUGUUGCUGAACAACCAGUCAAGAGACGACUUCAAGAUUUCAAUUCCUCAAUAAUUAAGCUACUAACAAUCAACUUAACCAGCUUUUUUCAUUUUUGGAAAACCAAGAAUUCUCAUUGUGUGACAAUUUGUCGACUUGAUCAAGCAAGAUGCUCGAAUAAAAGGAAUGACGAAAUCGACCCAAAGAACUCUUGGGGGAUGUCAGCCACUCCGAAACCGCAAGAUGGGUGUUAUUAUAGUUUCAAUUUUUCAUUUAGAGUUAUUCUGACAAAAGAGUGUAGGAAUUUUUGGAAGAAUGAGUGAGACAAACAAUGUUCUUUCUGUUCCAUAUGUUGCUGUUGAUCUAUAAAGGAAUGUAGCUAUUAGCUUUGCUGGGUUUCCGGUGAUGAAGCUUGGAUAAAGUUGGCAAUGAGAAGAAUGAAGCUACUGAGAGAAGCAUAAAGCUUUUCACAUCAUACUAAUGUGAAGUUAUUCACUUUGUAAAAAACUCUCAUAAUAUCUAUUGUAUCAAAGCAUAUAUUUUUCAGAUUUACAAAAGAAUUCUUAA